UAUUAAAAUGAUUGUUUAUUCCUUAAAUUUAGUGUUCCCUGUUGUUUCUCUUUCAAUUUAAGAUUUGCCAGGAUGAAGUGCUUUCUGCUCUUGGUUGCUGUGUAUACAGUGACUUUAAUUGCUCACCUGACAGAAGCUUGUGCGGACGCUGUUAAAAUCAGUGACAAACUGGGAGAGAAUGGACUGCUUGGGAAAGAAACCAUUGCAAUUAAAGGAAAUGUUGCGCUGAACAUCGGAACCCAGGUGCCACUGAUAGGCAAUCAAGUGCCACUACUAACAAAUGUACAUCCAGAAUCACUGGGUUUGCCAGGUACCCAGUUGCCAGGGGUGAACAAUCAGAUUCCAUUAGGAAGCAGUAAUCUUCCUGGAGUCUUAGACUUGCCAGGUACCCAGCUGCCCUUAGUGGAAUUUAAAACACCAGUCGGAAGUGGUAUUCUUCCAGGGACCAUAGACUUGCCUGGUACCCAGCUGCCCCUAGUGGAACUUAAAACACCAGUUGGAAGUGGUAUUCUUCCAGGGACCGUAGACUUGCCUGGUACCCAGCUGCCCAUAGUGGAACUUAAAACACCAGUUGGAAGUGGUAUUCUUCCAGGGACCAUAGACUUGCCUGGUACCCAGCUGCCCCUAGUGGAACUUAAAGCACCAGUUGGAAGUGAUAUUCUUUCAGGGAUAAUAGACUUGCCUGGGACCCAAAUUCCAGCAAUAAACAAUCAAAUUCCUUUAGGAACCAAUAUUCUACCUGAAAUCUUAGACUUGCCAGGUAUCCAGCUGCCCCCAGUGGAACUCAAAACACCAAUUGGAAGUGGUAUUCUUCCAGGGACCUUAGAUUUGCCUGGAACUCAAAUUCCAUUGGGAAGCAAUAUCCUUCCAGGAAAUGUAGACUUACCAGGGACCCAGAUACCCCUGGUGAAAAUUCCUACAUCACUGGGAAAUUCUCUUCCUGGAAAUCUAGACUUGCCUGGUACCCAGGUGCCUCAGGUUAAGAUUGAGAAUCCAUUAAGAAAUGGUAUUCUUCCAGGACCAUUAAAAUUACCUGGGACCCAGGUGCCUCAGGUGAAGAUUGAGACUCCAUUAGGAAAUGGUAUUCUUCCAGGACCAUUAAACUUACCAGGAACUCCUGGACCAACUGCCAGUACAUUGCAAACUCUUCUUGCAGAGCUAUAUCGUCGUAUUGCAAGACUGGAAUCAGUGCUUCAGUUACAAGGAAAAACUCAAAAGACUGGUGAAAAGCCACAGGGUACUAAAGGAAAGGGACUGAUCCAGAGGCUUCUAAAUAAACCCUUGAAGAUAGUUGCAGAUGCAGUGCCAUUUCCAGGAAUAACACCAUGAACUAUGUCAACCUGGCCGUGGCCUUAUGGAGAAUAAAGCCAGCAUAUAUACAUUUCUGGUUUCUAUAGAUAUUUAUUUACUCACUUGAAAAUCAAAUUAAAAUGUAAUAAAUUAUUUCCAUUCAUUGAAUUUACUUGUUUAAAAUUACUAAAAGAAGAUUGUUAUAU